AUGGAUGCCAGAAACCAGAGUGCUGUUGCCGAAUUCAUCCUCUUAGGGUUCAAUAGCCUACGAAGCUGGCAGGCCUUUCUUUUCUUUACCUUCUUCCUCCUUGCUUAUGCCUUGACCAUAAUGGCCAAUGCCACCAUCAUCGCCACGGUGUGGAAGGACAGCCGCCUUCACACACCCAUGUACUUCUUCCUAAGCAACUUCUCUUUCAUGGAGAUCUGGUACACCACCGUCACCGUGCCCAAGAUGCUGUCCAGCUUCAUGGUGGAGAGGACCACCAUAUCUGUGUCGGGCUGCAUCAUCCAAUUCUACGUCUUCUUCUGCUUGGGAACCACAGAGUGCAUGUUCAUGGGUGUGAUGGCUUAUGAUCGCUACAUUGCCAUCUGCUACCCCCUGCGCUACCACACCUUGAUGAACAAAAAGGUCUGCACGCGGCUGGCUGUUGGUUCUUGGGUGAGUGGUUUCAUUGGCCAUUUGCCCCUCACCAUCUCUACCACUCAGUUCUUCUUCUGCGGCCCCAACAAGAUCAACCACUUCUACUGCGACCUGGCACCAGUGCUGAACCUCUCAUGCACAGACACCUCAGUCAGCGAGAGGAUAUUCUUCACCUUCGCCUGGGUCAUCAUCCUCUGCUCCUUCCUGCUCACUAUGAUGUCCUAUUGCUACAUCAUCUCCACCAUCUGCAGGAUGCCCUCCACCACUGGCAGACAACGGGCCUUUUCCACCUGCGCCUCCCACCUCACCGUGGUCACCAUUUUCUACAGCACUGUCACCUUCAUGUAUGUCCGGCCCACGGUGCGCUACACCUUCCAGGCAGACAAGGUGGUCUCCAUCUUCUACUGUGUAGUCACCCCGCUCCUCAACCCUGUCAUCUACAAUCUGAGGAACAAGGAAAUGAAGGAAGCGCUGAGGAGGCUUCUGUGCAGCAGAAGAAUGAUGAAUUGGAAGAAGGUUGGACUCAUUAACUGGGAUAGUUAG